AUGUCGGCGGAUGGAGGUGGCGGCAGCGGCGGCGGCGGCGGCCAUGGAGGCGUCCAUCAAGUCGGCGGCGGUGGUCAAGACGUUCAAGGCGGCUUAGGCAGCGGCGGCGGCGGCCGUGGCAGCGUGAGCGGCACGGCGAAGAAGCCCAAGCGGAGGCACCCGGGGAGGUGGUCCCCGUCCAACGGCGGCUCCCCGGCCGGAGAGUCGCCGUCCGCGAAACGGGCGAUGAUCAUGAACGCGAGGAAGGGGGGGGCGUCGUCGUCGUCGGGGGCGGGGUCCCAGGGCAACCGCGCGGCGGGCGGCCCGCUCUUUGACGGUACCGGUAGCGGGAGUGAGAGCAGCUGUAGGUUCGGCGGCUUCAGCUUGUCGGCCGACGCAAAGCAGCAGCAGCAACACCACCACCCACGGCAACAAGCCCAGCAGCAGCACCGGCCGCAGCAGCAGCAACGAGACACGCAAGAGGGGGCGCCGCAGCAGCGACGGCAGCAACGGACUUCCAAUGGUGGCGGUGGCGGUUCCCCGAGGACGACCUCGGCCGCCACCGGCCCAAGGACGGACAAGACGAUGCCUACGAAGGCGGCCACACUGGCGGCGGCGGCGGCGACACCGGCGACAGCGAUUCGUGACGCUAAGCCCUCCCCUCGGGUGAGCCCCUCCUCCUCCUCGGCCACGGUGUCGACAUCGUCGGCCAAAACGGCACCGAUCGCGCCGCCGGCAGCGGUGACAGCGGCAGCGGCGGCGGCACCGCCGCCGGCGGUGGCGGCGAGACCCGAUGGAAAGGAGAACACCCUCGACGGGGUGGACACGAAGAAGGCCGGAGCGGGGAGGGAGCCGCGCAACCCCGGGGUGGGCGGUGGCAAGCCCCGCUCAGGAACAAGGGCAGGAACAGAGACUGCCGCCGCAGCACCAGCACCAGCAGCGCCGGAGGCGACGGCGGCAACGCCAACAUGGUGGGACCGAGGGACUUUGCUGUCCCUCGAGUCUGCCGGUGGCGGUGAAGGCGGCGGCGGGGGCGGGGGGGAGGAGAGGGGAACGCCGGUGCCGCCGGGCUUGAGGCCGCCCGGCCGCGAGCUGGACGUGCUGUGCGAGUGGAGCCUGGACCAGCUGAGAGUGGACGACGAGGUCGGGAUGUUUUCUCGAGGCGCCUUUGGCAAGGUGGUGGCAGCACGGACGAGGAUGGACCAGCAGGUCGCUGUCAAGAUCGUUGCCAAGUCUGGGCUGUCCCCUGAGCGUUACAUCGAGCGGGAGCUUGAGCUCCUCGAGCUGUGCUCCGUGCACCCCAAUGUCGUGGGGCUACACGGCGUGAUCCGGACUUCGCAGCGGGUGUACGCGCUGAUGCCUCUGGCGGACACGGACCUCGCCGCCAUGGUGAAGGUGCUGUUGGCGGACUUUGGGCUCGCGAAGCAACUCCCGAAGGGGGAUCCGGGACUUCUCGUUGGAGCGUGCGGGACGAAGCCGUACCUCGCUCCCGAGCUGGUGCGCGAUGUCCCGUACGACGCCGCUGUCGACAUGUGGGCCGUGGGCGUGGUCACCUACGAGCUCCUCCACGGCUACACUCCAUUCAGCCCGAAGCUCGUGGUCCCUCGCUCGUGGGACGGCGUCGUGCGAGAGGACUACGUCCGAAAGAGCAACGCCAACAACAGGAGCAGACUAGCCAACGGCGGCAGCCGGCGGCGGCGGCGGGAGACCGACGGCUGCGGAUACAGCGACCACGACGCGACCAGCAGCAGCAGCAGCGGCAGCGGCAGCACGGGGGAAGGCGGCACCCUGAGCGUCAGCGAGUCCAGCGGCUCUAUCGUCAACAAGCGCAUGUUCGAGCGCUCCGCGCCCCCGGCGCCCGGCGGCGGCCUGGACCGUGCCUGGCUCGCCGGCCAGGCGCACCAGGCUCUCCUCUUCGGGAAGGGCGGCGAGAACGACGAGUACCAGGCGGAGAGGCGGACGGGGGAGGGGCACGGCAUCGCGGGGGGCGGGGGGCGGGGAGCGGGAGGGGGGGGGGGAGGGGGGCGCAGGCGGCGGGGGCACCGGGAGCAGGACCAGCUGAAGCUGCUGGAGGCCGUCGUGCGCGGGGGCUACGAGGUGGAGGAGGGCUGCGUGGGGGGGGUCGUGGCGGACUUCAUCUCGCAGCUCUUGCGAGUGACCCCGGCGAGGCGCAUGUCGGCUGCGGCAGCCGCCGAGCACCCGUUCCUUGGCCCCGCCUCGAAGGUCCCCCGCCGUCGGAGGGCGGCAAGGGCGGAGGUCGCCGCCGUGCAGACGGAGCAAGCGGCGGCGGCGGCACAGCGCCACAAGGCCCGACUGCAGCAGCAGCAGCAGCAGCAGCAGGAGGCGGCGGGGGGGAAGCCGACGAAGGCGAGCGCGGCGGCGGCGGCCGCCGCAGCGACCGCUCUGUCCGAUAUCGCGGUGCUGGCCGGCGCCAUGAGCGAUGAGGCGCGGAGCCUGCUUGCCGACACCAAGCGCUGGGACAAGGCGGCCGCCGACGCCGCCGCCGUUGCGGGCGCUGAUGCCGGUGCCGGUUCCUCCGGCGAGAACGGCGGCGGUGGCGGUGGUGUCCUCCCGGCGCCGGCGGGGAAGGCGGCAGUAGCGACGGCGGUGGCCGACGCUGUCGGGAAGGCGGAGACCGCCGUCGCGCGGGCGGAGCUCCUGGCGAAGGAGUCGAGGGCGGGGUCCUUGGCGGCGGAGGCCGUGGCGAACUCGCGGGAGUUGGCACGCGCGCAGGAAGCUGCGGCGGCGGCGGCGGCGGCGGCGGUUCUGAAGAAGGGCGGGAACACGGUGGCGGGGACGGGGGUUGGCGGCGGAGACAAAGCUGAUGGUGUUGUCGCGGGGGACAAGAAUGGCGCCGCCAAGACGGUGUUCAGGUUCCAGUAG